UCUCUCUCUCUCUCUCUCUCUCUCUCUCUCUCUCUCUCUCUCUCUCCUCUUUUUGUGCCCUCAUCUCAAAACAUUACAAAUAAAAUAUACAUAAUCCCCUCAGUAUGGCACCUUUAAUCACAUUCAAAGCAAUGAUGAUGGGUCAUAAUAAUAUCAUGUCCUCUAAUUUGAUGCCUCUUUGUUCCAACAAGUCGGGCCAUCGCACAAAACCCGAAAUUAAUUGCCCUUUAUUUGGGGAAAACCCCCGAUUGUACUUGAUCUCCGGUGCUAAAGCUGCGACUAUCCCACCGUCUCCGGCGGUGGCACCGUCGCCGGAAAAAGAGAAUACGUCCGGCGUUCCACGGCGGUGUCACGGUGCGUGGACAAGUAUCCAACAGGAGUAUUGGGAGGGUGAGCUCGAUGUUCAAGGACAUAUACCUACAUGGCUGAAGGGGACGUACCUCAGGAACGGACCGGGACUUUGGCAAAUCGGAGACUACAAUUUCCGGCACCUCUUCGACGGCUAUUCCACCGUCGUCAAGCUCCAAUUCUCCGGCGAUGGCUGCCAAAAAAUUAUCGCCGGUCACCGUGUUCUCGAAUCCGCCGCCUACUCCGCGGCCAUAAAACACAACAGACUCUGUUUCCGAGAAUUCUCCGAAACCCCAAAAACACAAAACCCGUUUUCCCACAUCGGAGAAUUCUUCCGGUUAUUCUCCGGCGAUUCCCUAACCGACAACGCGAAUACCGGCGUGAUCCGGCUCGGAGAUAACCGGGUGGUUUGCUUAACCGAGACUCAAAAAGGAUCGAUUUUGAUCGACCCGGAGACUCUAAAGGCCAUCGGAAGAUUCAAUUAUAACGACGAUUUGAACGAUUUCUUGAUCCAGUCUGCGCAUCCGAUUGUGACGGGAUCCGAAUUCUGGACGCUGAUUCCGGAUCUCGUUAAACCGGGUUACCGGGUCGUGAGGAUGGAAGCCGGUUCGAACCGGAGGGAGGUGGUGGGCCGGGCCGAUUGUCGAGGCCGGUUCGGGAAGGGACCCGGGUGGGUCCACUCGUUUGCGGUAACGGAGAAUUUUGUUGUGAUACCGGAAAUGCCCCUGAGAUACUCUGUGAGGAAUCUUCUGAGAGCAGAACCGACGCCGUUUUAUAAGUUCGAGUGGUGCCCUGAAUCCGGAGCUUACCUUCAUGUCAUGUCCAAACACACUGGUGAAAUCGUGGCGAGCGUGGAGGUGCCCUUGUACGUGACUUUUCACUUCAUAAACGCUUACGAAGAGAGAGAUGAAGAAGGGAAAGUGAAGGGAAUUGUGGCAGAUUGUUGUGAACACAAUGCAAAUACCCGAAUCCUCGACUUGCUCCGGCUCCACACUCUCCGCUCUUACCACGGUCACGACAUCUUGCCUCAGGCUAGGAUCGGGAGAUUCAAGAUACCGUUGGAUGGGAGUAUAUACGGGGAAUUAGAGACAGCAAUACAACCCGAGGAGCAUGGGAGCGGGAUGGAUAUGUGCAGCAUCAAUCCUUUGCACUUGGGUCGGAAGUAUCGUUAUGUUUACGCUUGUGGAGCUAAGCGACCUUGCAACUUCCCCAAUGCCCUCACAAAGGUAGAUCUAGUGGAGAAAAAGGCCAAGAAUUGGCAUGAACAUGGCAUUAUACCAUCCGAACCAUUCUUCGUUCCUCGUCCCGGUGCAACGCGUGAAGAUGAUGGUAACAUCUUAACAUCCUCUCUUCUAAACGCAUUCCACAUAAAUAAAUAA